AUGAUUUUUAAUUACAAUAAUUUAUUAAUAUUUACAUUUGUAGUUUUUAUUAUAUUAAAUUUAUAUCUAAAUAAACAUAGUUUUUUUUAUUUGAUUCCAUCAAUAUUACUAUUUAUUAUAAUUACACAAUUUCUUAAAGCAGAUUCUUUUUUAUGAAUUAGUAUGAUAAUAUUUAUCAUUAUUCUAAAUAACUUACAUUUAAAAUUAGAAAACUUAAUUUUAUAUAGCUUUAUUUUAUUGUCAAUAAUAAUAAUAAUAUUGUCUAACAAUCUAAUUAUAUUAUAUUUAUCUGUAGAAAUACAAACUUUUUCAUUAUUAGUUCUAAUAGGUUCUUAUAGAAAUAAUAUAAAAAGCUUAGAAGCAAGUCUAAAGUAUUUUAUUUUAAGUAGUAUUUCAUCUGGAUUUUUUCUUUUAGGUCUUGUCUAUUUAUUUAAGACUUCAAUCUCAUUAGAUUUAAAUUUAUUUAAUUUUGUUUUAAAUAACUCAUCUUUUUUUUAUUCUUUUAGUAAUUCUAUAUUAAUAUUAUCUCUUUUAUUUAAACUAGGUCUAGCCCCAUUUCAUUAUUGAAUUGCUGAUAUUUACGAAGGAUCUGAUUUUGUACUAAUAUUAUUAUUAUCUUCCUUAUGUAAACUAUCUAUAUUUAUUAUAUUAUUAAAAUUUAACAAUAAUUUUGAAAUGCUUAUGUUUUUAGGUGGAUUAUCAAUUGUUAUAGGAACUAUUGCCGGGUUUAAUCAAACUAAAAUAAAAAGAUUAAUAGCUUAUAGUGGUAUUUCUAAUUUUGGGUUUAUUAUCAUAUCCUUAAGCUUAAAUAAUAUAAUAGGUAUUGAAAUUUGUUUAUUAUAUCUUUUCAUUUAUUUAUUUACAAAUUUAUUUAUAAUUAUGAUAUUAAUAUUAUAUAAAGAUAAUAUAGAAUUUAUUAUAGAACUAAGCGGCUAUUUUAUGAAUAAUAAAAUUUUAACAAUCGCUCUAGUUAUUAUAACCUUUUCUAUAGCAGGAAUUCCUCCACUUUUAGGGUUUUUAAGUAAAUUUAUUCUUAUUUCAACUUUAAUAAAUUAUAACUAUAUUAUAACAGGAUGUUUAUGUCUACUAAUUACUUGUAUAGGUAUAGGAUUUUAUUUAAGAAUAAUAAAAAUACUUUUAUUUCAAAAUAAUAAUUUUUAUGUUUCUUGAAAUAAUAUUAUUUCUUUAGACAAAAAUAAUUUAUACUUAAAUUUUAUUUAUUUAGGUUUUAUAUUAUAUUACACACUAUUUUAUUUAUUAAAUCCUAAGUUUUUUAUUUCUUUAAUAACUUAUCUAUUAAAUUUAUAA